UCACCCUUCUAGUUUCAGAGGAAAGAGUCAACUGAAACUGAUAGUUACUCCUGGCAAUGGGGUGUUCUGUGUUCAAAUUUUGGAAGCCAGGGGACUUAUGGGAAGAGAGUACAGACCAUGUGACUCAUAUGUCAAGAUAGCCAUUGCUCCAUAUGUUGACCACAGCAAGCGAUGGAAAUCCAGGACCGUUCUAGACUGCAAGAGUCCUGUUUUCAAUGAGACUUUUAUGUUAAAUGUGGAUGAUGAUGAUCAUAAGAAGAGGUUUUUGGUGACAGUGUGGAAUCGCAAUCGGACAUCCAGGCGCAGUGAUUUCCUGGGCUGUAUGAGUUUUGGCGUCCACUCUCUCAUCACCUCAUCUAAGGAGAUCAAAGGUUGGUAUUAUCUCCUGGGAGAAGAGCUGGGCAGGAGCAAACAUCUGAAAGUGGCCUCACGUCGCAUCAGACCGACCGCUGAAGCCGCCGUGUCCAACUAUGAAGCUGGACCCGAGACCACAAGUCCAAAGAACAUGCAGUCAUAUACAGUGACCAUUUUGAGAGGAAAAGAUGGUUUUGGUUUCACCAUCUGCUCUGACUCACCUGUGCGGGUCCAAGCUGUUGAUCCAGGCGGACCAGCUCAUCAGGCUGGGUUACAACAGCUGGACACAUUAUUACAACUGAAUGGCCAGCCAGUUGAACACUGGAAGUGUGUGGAACUGGCGCAUGCCAUCAGGAAUUGUCGUGAUGAGAUCACAGUGGUGGUAUGGAGAACAGUGCCUGUUAUGAAGCCUUACUAUGAGGGACUCAUCCACAGGCCUUCUUACAAACCCUCCGGUUUUGACACUUCUAUUACAAAGACACAAAACAAAACCCCACCUUUGCUCUCUCGACCCACCAACCACAAACCGAGUCGGCGUAAGAAAGGUAGUGGUCACAAUAACACAGGAAAUGGAGUAGGAGAGUCAUUGUGGUCUUGGACUGGGAAACGAGAGGAGAAUGACUACAAAACACGUACUCAGACCCUCAAAGGUACACGUGUGACAUCAUCAAAUGGCGACAACUACAUCAUCCUAUCUCCUGUCAGCCCUGGAAACCAGAUAUUGCAGCCGGUGUAUUCUGACAGCAAUGGAACGCUGGGAACUCUAGGAAGAAUCUAUCAGACUCAUCCAAGCAGAGAGCUGCAGCAGAGUCCAGGAUACCUGCAAGAUGGGGAACUGCAAGCACAAGCCACCUUAUGCAGGUCUAUGAGCAGUAAGACUGCCACCAUGGCUCCCUCAUCCUAUAGACAGAGUUUUGCCAACUACCAGAACUGCACCAUCGUCCAGUCCCACCUGCCCCACUCUAACUAUGGGACAUAUGUUAGUCUGGCCCCUAAGAUUCUCAUCUUCCCUAUUUUUGUGCAGCCACUGGACCUGUGCAGCCCUGAGAAAAUCCUGAUAUUAUCAGAGGAAAUGAUCCUUCAUGACAGUAAACACAUAGCUCUUAAGGCAACAGUGUUCAUCUACACAGACUUGAUGCUGUUGACCAGGGAGGAUGAACCAGGCCGCUGUAAUGUACUGCAGAGUCCACUCUACCUCCAUCAGAUAGACCUGCAGGAUGUUCCUGCUGACAAACUACGGCUGUACAUCUCCUACUGGAUAGAGAGAACUGAGUGUCUUUUCAGCCUGGAAGCCUUUUCAGCUGAACAGAAGAGGAGGGUUGUCCAGUGUCUAAGAGACAAUAUUGACAAGCAGCUUGCCCUAAGGGACAGAAUCGGCCCUGAUCAGAUGCUGGAACCAAAAGCAGCCGAACAGACUGAUCUGGGUUUGCUGGGCUUCAGCUCUCACAGUGUGUCUGAGCCCUGUUCCCCAUCAUGCCCCUCUGCAUCGCCCAUUAUGAGAAGAACCAACUGCAGCUCUCCAGCUCAGCGACUCUCUUACCCAGACCUGCACUGCAGCUCUGGAGAUGCAAGCCAAGCUAUUCCACCUUCACAAGACAGCUGCAAACCUGCACACAUGGAGACCUCCGAGAUCUGGAAGGAGAGACCGAAGGAGGUGAAAGGAGGUGGAGAGGAGUCAGAUCUGGAGAAGAGGGAGCAGGGGGAGGGUGAGAGCGCAUCCGAGACGAUCAGUGUUGGCGCCAGACCCACAUCUUCAUCAUCCUCUUCAUCUCCUCUCGUCAUUCCCAAGCUGUGUUUGGAUCGCUCCUUCAACGCAGAUGCUUUGACUUCACCAUCCACUGAUGAUGAUGAUGAAGAUGAUGAGGAAGAUGAUGAGGAAGCAGACAGUGAUGAAGGCUUUCUGAAGAGGAGGAGUAUGGUAGAACCAUCUCCUGCUGGUGGGCAGCAGAGUGGAGGCUUGUGUGUGCAGAGGUCUCUCCACAGACGCACGCACAGUGAGGGCAGUUUGCUGCAAGAGCCCAGAUCUCCUCGCUUCAUCUCCGAUCAGGCCAUCGACUGUAUAGAGGCCAAGCGGGAGACUCCAGAGCGCUGGGCCAUCCCCUCGCCACAGACUCUAAGGAAAGAGCUGACCAAGAAUGGAGGAUCUGUUCACCAGAUCUGUCUGCUCUUCACUGGGAGGAGGGUUUGUGGCAUGCCAAACUGUAAAUGUGACACAGGAAAAAGUGCUUUUAAAAAGAAGAAAUCCAAGAAUUUGGCCAAAGACAUGAAAAAUCGACUGACUUUCCUGCGGAAGAAGAGCAACGACAGACAUGGCAGCAAUCCAGUCAUCAAGCUUGAGAAAAUCCUCAAGUCAGAUAAAGCAUCUCCAGAAGAAGCUCUCAAAUGGGCAGAGUCGCUCGAUGCACUGCUUUCUCACAAAUAUGGCCUGGCAGUGUUCCGCUCUUUCCUACAAACAGAGUUCAGCGAAGAGAAUCUGGAUUUCUGGCUGGCAUGUGAGGACUUCAAGAGGAUCAAAUCACUGUCCAAAAUGGCAUCCAAAGCAAAGAAGAUAUUCACUGAGUACAUCUCCAUACAAUCCUGUAAAGAGGUUAAUCUGGACUCAUACACCAGGGAGCACAUCAAGGAAAAGAUGGAGAACAUCUGUGCAGACUGCUUUGACCUGGCUCAAAGCAGAAUCUUUGGACUCAUGGAAAGAGAUUCGUACCCUCGAUUCCUCCGAUCUGACAUUUACAUGGAAUUAUCCAACCAAAAGAGACCCAACUCUUCCACAGAUUUAUCUUAAAGCUAUGAAAACAAACUGUAGAACUUUUCAGAUCAGUAUUGCUGGAGACAGGCAACAGAUGUAUGAAAUGUGGAUUUAGUACAACAGGACGUGUCUACAUUCACACUAUCCAUUUCAUGCACGGCUUCAUGUUUACACGUCAGUCGCUAAGCACCUUGGAGAGCUCAGACUGUUAGAUCUUUUACGUCAAUUUGUACUAUUUGCUUUUGAAUGAUGCUUUGCUGCACCCUGUUGGAUGGUUUUGGCUAUGAGACAGUGAUGCGUCAUGAAUGUGCCCGGAAGGGUUGACUGAAGUCAAUUUAUCAGUGCCCAAAACAAUGGAAGAUCCAACAUCAUGGAAGAUGCAAAGUUGUUGAGUAUUGGAGCAAAGAGACAAUUUGGUACUGUUUUGUUUAGCUUUACCAAGAUAUUUCGUUAUUUCAGAUAGAUUUUCUUGUGUACACUAUACCUCAACAUACGCCAGAGAAUAAAUGCCAUUACAAAGAUAAAUUCCAGUUACAUGUUGAGAUGAUAUUGGGGGAAAAGGAUUGCUUAAGUAUUGUUUAACAUUAAUGUCCUUUUUUUUCUGGAAGGCAGUCGACACAGUAUGUAAAAGAUGACAUGUAAGUCUAAAUUCUUAUUUUAUCUUUUGCAUAAACUACAGUUUUUUUUUUUUUUUUUUGUUAACAACUAUUGUUGUUUCACAUCAAAUAUGUGGAAUUCAACAAGGUUUAGACCACACCUCACCAUUGUUUUUAAUGUGUAUUCUUUAUAUGCUCUCAAUAUUACUCUGGAAAAACAUAUUUACAAACAGAACACCCAUUUCUAUUAGUAUAAUGGACUUGGAUCUAACCCUCUCAUGUUUUAGAAGUGCAAUAUAUAGUUGGUUAUUACAGUAGUAUUUCUUUAAAAAAAAAAAAAAAAAAAAAAAAAACAUUAUAUCAAACAAGAGACCAGAACUUCAUUCUUUAUAUACAUAUUGUAUCAAUGCUCUGCCAUAAUGCAUCAUAACAGUCAGUUUCUGGGUUCAAAAGUAAGAAGUGAUUCCUUCUGUAAAUAGAGACUGAGAUACAAUAUAUGAACUAACAGUUGUUGUGAUGUUAAAAGUCUAAAGGUAUUCUGUUUGUUGUCAUUGCUAUUAGACAAUUGGUCACAAAUCAAAGAAACAAAAAAGAAAACCCACAUUUCUAUUUAGUAGUAGCUGUGUAGUGAUUGAACAUAGAGGAGCAUGUUUUGUAAACAGAAGUCUGUAUUUCAUGUUGAUCUACAAGGCACUAGUCAGUUCAGAGGGAGAGUUUUCUCCUGCCUUCAUCCUAACAAUAUCGUUCUUGCUCUAAUAAUAAUUAUUUCUUGUAUUUAUUUGUGGGUUCAUAUUACACUCAUUGCUGCCUUUGUAACAUAACAAUGAUCGAAUAAAAAUACAUUCAGGCAAGUUAAUUCCACAUUUUUAUAUCACUUUAGAAAAAAAAAAAAAAAAAGAAAAAAAAAACUGGUCUGUUCAUUAUAUUGUUGUUGUUUUGACACAUAUUUGGGAAUAAUUGUAUGAUAGCCUCCUCAUGUAGAGGAUGUGUGUCCCACUAAAAAUCCCCAGAGGGCAGCAAAGCGCCACAAUAAUGCAAGAGGAAAACAUUCUAGGAAACAUUUAUUUGUUGAUUAAUCAUUAAUUCACGCUUAAUAAUCAAAUGAUUUAGAAUAUAU